CCCGGCGGUGCCCAACGAGGGGGGACGCUGGGACCAUGCGGGUGCUCGGGGUGGCUGCGGUGUUGGGGACCCUCCUGGUCCUGGCUGUGGCACAGAGGAGAGCCGGGGGCCGGAGCCGGUCCUGGAGCGGGCGCCCGGCCCCGUUCCGGAGCUGGGACUCGGUGCGGUACCGGCCCUGGCAGGAGGGAGCCCCGCAGCAGCCGGGCUGCUGGAGAGGCGGCGACGUCGCCUUCGACAUCAGCAACGAUGCCCCCACCAUGGCGGGCGCCGAGGCCACCUUCUCCAUCGCCCUGCGCCUGCCCAGCACCCAGGAGCUGCGGCCCGACGGCAGCGUGGUCUGGAGCCAGAACUGCACCGUCAACGGCACCCGCGUGGCCCGUGGGGACCCGGUGUUCCCGGACCCCCCCGAUGAUGCCAACGGCGCCUUCCCCGACGGGCGCCCGUUCCCCACCGGCGGCAAGCGCGGGAGAUUCGUCUACGUGUGGUGGACGUGGGGGCGCUACUGGCAGGUUGUGGAUGGAGCCACGUCCCAGCUGACGGUGGGCACGGCCGGGGUGCCCCUGGGCUCCUACACCAUGGAGGUCGUUGUCUACCACUACCGGGGCCGCCAGAAGUUCAUCCCCAUCGGCAGAGCCAGCUCCCAGUUCAGCAUCACUGACCAGGUCCCGUUCGCGGUGGACGUGACGCAGGUCCCCAGUGCCGCGGAUGGCGCCGGGCGCUACGUGCGGAACCGCGCCGUGGCCUUCACCGUGCGGCUGCACGACCCCAGCCGCUUCCUGCGCGACGCCGACGUCUCCUACUCCUGGGACUUCGGGGACGGGAGCGGGACCCUCAUCUCCCGCAGCGCCACCGUCACCCACACGUACCUGGAGGCCGGCUCCUUCGCCGCCCGCAUGGUGCUGCAGGCUGCCAUCCCCCUGAGCCCCUGCGGCACCUCCACACCGCCCGUCGUGGGCCCCACCACCGCCGCAGCACCGACAGCCCCGCUCCCCACCACCCCGGGGGUGCCCAGCACCGGUAAGGGGAACCAGACCCCAUCCCAUCACCAUGGGUACCGGGGGGGUUCUCCCCAUUGUCACUCUCUGCCCAUUGCAUCAGCAGCAUCCGGGUCACCCACGGGGGGAUCGGCGGCCGUCACCGUGCCCUCAGACACCGCUGUUACUGUGCCUUUGGAUCCAGCCAUCACUGGUGCCUUGGACCCUGUUGUCACUGAUCCCAUCCUCGUGGCACUCAGCACCCCAGCAGCUGCUGCCGUGGGUACUGGUCCCGCUGCCACUGUGGUCCCCGUGCUCCCCACCUCGGUGGCCCCGGCUGGGGAUGCUCUGGGCACCGCAGCUGCUGUAGACACAGAGGGAAUGGUGGCUACAGACGCAGCCGUGGCUGGAGCCACUGUUGGAGCCACGGAUGGAGCCACAGCCGUGUCCAUGGCUGUAGCCACGGAUGCACCCACGGAUACAGCCACGGAUGCACCCACGGAUACAGCCACGGAUGGAGCCACGGAUGCAGCCAUGGAUACAGCCACGGAUGCAGCCACGGAUGCAGCCACGGAUGGAGCCACGGAUGCAGCCUCGGCAGAGCCGCUGGUGCUGGUGAAGCGCCAGGCCCCGGCCGCCGAAGCCACCGGCUGCAUCCUGUACCGCUACGGCACCUUCUCCACGCAGCUCGACAUCGUCCAGGGCAUCGAGAGCGUCUCCAUCGUGCAGGUGGUGCCGGUGGUGGCAGAGGGCGGCGAGAGCAGCGUGGAGCUGACGGUGACGUGCGAGGGGAGCCGCCCCGAGCAGGUCUGCACCGUGGUGGCGGACGCCGAGUGCCAGGAGGCGGCGGGGGCUCAGACGUGCUCGGCCGUGGAGCCGGGCCCCGGGUGCGAGCUCCUCCUGCGCCAGGACUUCAACGGCUCCGGCCUCUUCUGCCUCAACGUGUCCCUGGCGGCCGGCGGCAGCCUCGCCGUGACCAGCACCCGGCUCAGCGUCGGAGGCGGAGGCUUUGCCCCGGCUGCCGGCGCGACCACGCUCAUCGUUGUGGGGCUGGUGCUCAUCGGGGCUGCCCUGGGCACCGCAGCCUGCGCCUACCAGCGCGUUCAGUACCACCCGCUGCCGCCCGCGGCCCCCCCGGCCCCCCGGCCCCGGGGCUGGCUCCCCCCCAGCUCUGCCCUGCGCCUGCUCCUGCGCCGAGCACUGGGAGAGGGCGACCUGGGGGGGGCCCCCAGCAGCGAGAGCAGCCCCUUGCUCCAUGGGAACCCUGCCUAGAGCCCCCCCAC